AUGUAUUCUCUCACAACAUUUCUCCUUCUUCUUGGCAUUGCACUACUUCAAUGGCCUCAAAUCAAAGCUACCAAUCAAAUCGAUUUUCUCUCUCGCCUUUACAAGGAGAAGUUUCAUACAAACAGCAUUGAUAGAAGCUAUUUCAAUGCAAGCCAUCACUCACACAACGUCGAAAUUCUCUCUCAAAAAGGGUUGAAAGAGAAUGACCUAAUCGAGAAACUACCCGGCCAGCCCCAUAUCCCGGUCAAACAGUACGGUGGGUACGUGACCGUGAACCAGGCCGCUGGUCGAGCAUUCUACUACUACUUUGUUGAGGCUCAACCUCGACGAGAUCAUCAUAAAGAAAUGCCUCUUCUUCUAUGGCUCAAUGGAGGGCCUGGCUGCUCAUCUCUUGCUUAUGGAGCAAUGCAAGAGCUUGGGCCGUUCCGUGUCCACAGCGAUGGCAAAACUCUCUACAAAAAUCCAUGGUCAUGGCAUCAUGCUGCAAAUCUGUUGUUUUUGGAGUCUCCUGCCGGGGUCGGCUUCUCGUACUCAAACACGACGUCGGAUUUCAAACGUGGAGGCGACGCAAAGACGGCCAUCGACAACUAUGCAUUCUUGGUGAACUGGUUGGAGAGGUUUCCUGAGUACAAAGGGAGAGAAUUUUUCAUCUCUGGAGAGAGUUAUGCAGGCCAUUAUGUGCCUCAGUUGGCACACACAAUUCUUCAUCAUAAUAAAAAGGCUGGCAAGACAAUUAUAAAUCUCAAGGGAAUUCUUAUCGGAAAUGCUGUGAUAAACGACGAGACGGACGCAAUAGGGAUGUACGAGUACUAUGCAAGCCAUGCUCUCGUAUCAGAUGAAAUCACGAAACAAGUAUUGAGAUAUUGCGAUUUCUCCCCUAAGGCGACGGAGCAAUCGGAUAAAUGCAACGAAGCUCAGCAACAAGUUGAUAAAAACACUAAUAAUAUUGAUAUCUACAGCAUUUACUCUCCCCUCUGCCACAACUCUGAUCUCACUCCAAAACCAACCAAGGCUUCGGUGUUGCACACGGAUCCUUGCAGUGAUUAUUAUGUGUAUGCAUAUUUGAACAGAAAAGAUGUUCAGAAAGCACUUCAUGCCAAUGUUACCAAAAUCCCUUAUGACUGGGAACCAUGCAGCAAUGUGCUCGAAAAAUGGACGGAUAGUGCACCGAGUAGUCUUCCACUUCUGCAAGAGUUUAUGGCUAACGGGCUUCGAGUUUGGGUAUUUAGUGGAGACACAGAUGGAAGAGUUCCAGUUACUUCAACAAAGAUUUCCCUUAACAAAUUGAAACUUCCUAUGAAAACUCUGUGGCACCCUUGGUUCCUUGAAGGAGAGGUUGGUGGGUAUACACAAGUGUAUAAAGGAGAUAUAACAUUUGCUACAGUAAGAGGGGCAGGGCAUCAAGUGCCUAGUUAUCAACCGGCUCGAGCUCUUUCCCUUGUUCUGCACUUUGUUGAUGGGACAGAACUCCCUAAUUCUUCAAGACUUUAG